UUUUUUUAUUUUUAUUUUUAGUUUGGUGGCAUAUUUGGUUCUCAACCUAAUUUUCCAGAUCCAGGGUUUGUGUGGUGCGUAUGGAAAUGGUGGAAUCGGGAUCGUCUUCACAAGAAGGAGGAUACAUGACGCCGGAGGAGUUUAAGGAAUGGAUAAAACAAGGCAAUGGAUACGCCAUGGGAUUGCUGCCAUCCACCGAAUGGAUAGGGCCUAUGAGGUUGGAGGAUGUUGAACUUCCAGAAGGCGCUCCGGCCGAGUAUCACUAUGAUUUUAAUGAUAUCUGGAGGCGUUACUGUCUUCAAAUUAACUAUACCAAUGGCAUGGACGUUGAUACUUAUCCUGGUCGUUCUAUGGAGGCUGAAACUGGGCCAUUGGACUUAAGUAUACCCAAGGAGGAACUCGAAGGGUUUUGGCACAAGCAGUAUGAGCUUAGGAUCGAGCUGGCUGAAUUUGCUAUAAAUCAAUACAAUGAAGAGUCCAAUUUUUUUAAGUACGAGCUUGUGAAGAUUGAGAAAGCAAACUUUCGACUCUCAGGAUAUUCUGAAUUCUUCAUGACUGUUAAAGUCCGAAAUGUUACUCUUGGUACUGUUGUCGAAACUUUUCAUAUACAUGUUGGUAGCCAUAUCGGUGAUCUUCAUAAAGAAGUCUUUUCUUGCCUGCCAAAAGGAGGGGCAUUGUCAAGCAGAAGCGUAUGGAAGCGGAAGCGUAACCGACUGGAGAGGGAGAGCGGAACUAGUGGCACCUGAACUCUACUAGUCUAUUUACUUUGAUAUCUUGAUCUGAUAAUAUUCUGCAUCUUAACAAUCUGUAAGAUUUCUAUUUAGUAGUGAUUGAGAACUUUUCAGUCUCUGUGUUUAUAAGUGGUUUACCUUUGAGAAGACGAUCCAAUAUACUUUUUUGUUGAUUGAAGCAUCUUUUAUUCCA